UUUUGAACUGAAUGGCAUUAAUUGCCCUUAUAUAUGAAGCUUUUACUGAAAAAAAAGACAUAAGACAUCAGACAAAUAAUUUUUAUCUCUAUUUCAAGAUUUUUUAUUUGAAAAGAAGAUGAAAUUUAACAGAUUUGGUCCACUGGCAAAGAAAGUUCAAGCAGCCUAGAAUUAUACAUUUACAAAGAGUCAGGGCCAAAGGGCUUAUUCAGAAUAGGACAAGAUUUACCCAAGACAUGUUUUAGAAUAUUUGAUACAUUUUGCUGAAUGAAUCAAACUGCCUGUCCUAAGAAAAGUUUCAAAUGCCUUAGCAGUAAAGUGAGUUGUCUGUCUGUCUUCUCUCCGCAGUCUGGGGACCAUGAAUAAGUCAGGAAUAUCUACUGUGACACAGUUUGUCUUGUUGGGCUUUCCUGGCCCCUGGAAAAUGCAGACCAUCUUCUUCUCAAUGGUUCUGUUGGUCUACAUCUUGACUCUAACUGGGAACAUAGCCAUCAUUUGUGCUGUGAGGUGGGACCACCGACUCCAUACCCCUAUGUACGUGUUCCUGGCCAACUUCUCCUUCCUAGAGAUCUGGUAUGUGACCUGCACAGUCCCCAAUAUGCUGGUCAAUUUUCUUUCCAAAACCAAAACCAUAUCCUUCUCUGGUUGCUUCACUCAAUUCUACUUCUUCUUUUCCCUGGGCACAACUGAAUGCUUCUUCCUCUGUGUCAUGGCUUAUGAUCGCUACCUUGCCAUCUGUCGUCCACUGCACUAUCCCACCAUCAUGACUGGGAAGCUCUGUGCCAUUCUAGUGUCUCUUUGUUGGCUCACUGGUUUCUUAGGACAUUCAGUUCCUAUUCUCUUCAUUUCUCAACUACCCUAUUGUGGUCCCAACAUCAUUGAUCACUUUCUAUGUGAUGUGGACCCUCUGAUGGCAUUGUCCUGUGCCAGCGCACCCAUAAUAGAGCAUAUAUUCCAUUCUUUGAGCUCUCUUAUCAUCAUUCUGACCAUUUUGUACAUACUUGGAUCCUAUACCUUGGUGCUCAGAGCUGUGCUUCGGGUUCCUUCCUCAGCUGGGCGGCGAAAGGCCUUCUCUACCUGUGGAUCCCACUUAGUUGUUGUAUCUCUGUUCUAUGGGACCAUUAUGGUGAUGUACGUGAGCCCCACCUCUGGCAACUCAGUUGCUAUGCAUAAAAUCAUCACACUGAUAUACUCUGUAGUGACACCAGUCUUAAAUCCCCUCAUCUACAGCCUACGCAAUAGGGACAUGAAAUUCGCCCUCCAUCAGGUCCUCUGUGCAAUGAGAAUUAUGCAAACGUCAUGA